GUAAACAAGCAUCAACAACGCGGUCGAUGUGCUCCCGUCUACUGUAUCGCGGGUCACUGUCCCUACCGGACUCAUACCUCCUCCUCGAUGGCCUCACCUUCUCUGCAACCCUUCUCGCCAACAAAGAUAUCCUCCACAAUUCCCUCGCACUCGCUCUCGAAAGCAUGCGCGGUCGUCCGUCCCUCCGACUAAAAGGCACUGAAUCGCUCAAGAGGCUAAGCAUGGACCAUUCGGAUGACGUUUGUAUGGACAUUCAUCCAUCUGCAGCCCUAUCUCGCGUUUACUUUGAAAAUAUACUCUGCCUGUCGCGUCUCACUUCUGAUGGGCGGACGGACAUAGGCGUGCGUGUCGCUUUGGGAGAUACUGAUGGCCCUGCAACGACCGAAAUGCUCAUAUUCGGAGAGGCCCAUUCAUCCACUACUCCAUCUCUAACCAUCCGCGUAGCACGCAUCACCCCCGCUUCUCGUCCCCCCCGUCCAGACGACCCCACACCUCGAAAACCGCCUCUCCAUCUCCUCACAAGCAAACGAACCAUAGGAGAACUCGCAGCCAACACGAGGAUAAAAGUCAAUGGCAAUGGAAAAGGAGAUGAUUCAGAAGUGGUGAGACGGGCGAGAGAGGUGAUGCUGCAUUUACCGAAUUCGAAACCACGAGGGCGAGGAAAGGACAAGGAAAGAGGCGGUAUAUUCAAAGUACCCACGCUCCCCGCAAAGAACACCCACCACAUAGCAGAUGCAGACGUUUUUGGACCCGUAAGCGAUCCUAAAGGAAAAGCCCGUGCUGUGGACGAUGAAAUCUGCGAUAUAGAGCAGGAGAAUAAAUCUAUCAUCAAGAAGUUCGCUGUCAGACAUCUUGAUGCAGUCGGCUUGUCGAAGGCGCAUCCAGAGUUCAAGGAACUCUUUGGGUUCGUAUAUCGUGGUACGGCGUUCGCUCUUAGAACUACGAUAAAGAAAUCUCCUGUUAGUGCGCUGGCUCUAGAUACGCUCGUGGAGGCACACAUUAAACUUUAUGUAACAUCACCUAAUUGAGAUGAAGGGUUCUUUUCCUCUUUACGCAAGUAGGAGAUGCGCUCAAGAACUGGAGGGUUAACGUAUUCAUGCAGCAGUGCCUGAUUCAAAUUUAACCGUCAUCAC